AUGGUAUGGAAUAACUUUCUUGACAGAUUAUAAACUCUAGAAUAAUAAAAUAUUUAGCAUGCUUCGAUUGGAUACAUGCUAGCAGCAUGUUUUUUUCAUAGUUUAUAAUUUACAGCCUAUAAAUAUGCUCACUUCACUAUUGUAACUCAAGCAUUAUUUUGUCGUGCCUUUUUAACUUUGGUGAUACUUUUCUUUGGAUAAUAUAAGUAAGAUUUUUAUCCUAAAGAUAAAGUCCAUAUAUUGUUUUUUUCAUAACUCUUAGUAGCUAUUGGGGCUUCAUUUUUAUUUUAUGGAAUCUUAUAUAUUACUACUUCAGAAGCAGCAGUAAUAAAUUCCACGACUGCUAUUUGGAGUUAAAUAAUAAGUUUAAUUGUCAAUAAAGAACCAAUAACCAAAAGCAGAAUGAUCAACACAGUUAUUUGUAUAAUUGGAAUAGUGCUGAUAGUGAAUCCAAAAAUAUCUCAAGACAAUGAUAUGCAAAGAAUAAUGGCUUGCUUAAGUGUAUUGGUCUGUAGUAUUAUCUAAGCAGCAGGGUUCAGCAGAUUAAAGUAAAUUGGUAAGGAUGUAAGACCUACAAUAACAACAUUUUAUUUUCAUAUCGCAACUAUCUUUGUUAUGAGUGUUCAACAUUAAUACGUAGCUGUAUUUGAGUACUUUGACUACUAUUUUUUAUACAUUCUUGCGUAUGCAUUAUUUAGUUUAUCUGGACAUUUAUUAUAGUUUAGAGCUUAAACAAUAGUGUCAUAUGAAAAAAUAUGUAAUUAUCAAUUUUCUUCAAUGAUUUAUUAGAUAUUUAUGGAUUAUUUUAUUUUUGGAAAGAUUUUGUCAAUUUAGGGGUUUCUUGGAGGAGGUUUGAUAGUGUUUGGAAUUUUUAAAUAGGUUCAAGAGGAUAGAAAAAUAAAAUGA